GCGGCCCGGCUCCUUGGCGGGCGGCCUGGGCUCGGGGCGCCGGCGUGGCCCCUGCCCCGGUGCCCUCGGCCCAGCCCCCCGGGCGGCCAAUGGGAGCGGAGCGGAGCGGAGCGGAGCCUCCGCGGGCGCUGACCGGGGCCGCCGCGGCGCCGAGCACGAGGGGGACCGAAUCAUGGGGAGGUGGCAGGACAUGUCCAGGGAGGAGCUGGAGGAGCAGUACUCCCCCAGCCGCUGGUCCCCUCGCCUCCACCCCGACGCCGUGGUCGCGGCCCACGAGGAAGCAGUGACGGCCGGGACGCGGAGGGCCCAGGCUGCCACGCAGACCCUGCUGCAUGUCCCCUAUGGGGACAGUGAUGGGGAGAAGCUUGAUAUUUAUUUGCCCACAGACCCUUCUGGAACUUUCCCAGUCCUUGUCUACAUCCACGGUGGAUACUGGCAAUGCUUAAGUAAGGAUGUAUCGGGUUUUGCAGCCCCUGCGCUGGUGUCACAGGGUGUCGCAGUUGUGGCUGUGGGUUACAACAUAGCUCCCAAAGGCAACAUGGAUGAAAUGGUGGCCCAGGUGCAGCGCAGCCUCGCCUUCCUGGUGCAGCAGUACUCCCAGAUCAGCGGCGUUUACUUGUGUGGACAUUCAGCAGGGGCUCACUUGGCAGCCAUGGUGUUGUCAAUGGACUGGGCAGAGUAUGGAGUGACACCUGACAUCAAAGGAGCCAUUCUGGUGAGCGGUGUGUACGACCUGGAGCCCAUUCUGCAUAUCUACGUGAACGAUGUGCUGAACAUGAGCUGGGAAGCUGCCCAGAGGAACAGCCCCAUGCUGUGUGUCACUGGAGCGGUGCCUGCAGCUGUGGCCUGCGAAGUGCUUGUGGCCGUGGCCCAGCACGACUCACCGGAGUUCCGCCGGCAGUCCCAGGAGUACUGCCAGUGCUGGUCUCUUCGCAGGCCCUGCGUUUGGCUGGCUGGACCGUCUCACUGUUGGACCUUGCUGGUGUGGAUCACUUUGACAUCAUUGAGAAGUUAUCCCAGGACAGCUAUGUCCUGACUCAGGUGAUUCUGAACAUGAUUUCCAGAACUUGACUGCAUGUUGGGAGCAAACUGGAGAUGAGAUGCACCCUGUUCAUUGCCCCGUUCCAGCCUGCUGGGUCUCCUCCUGCAGCACAGGGUGAUUGCUGUCUCUGAGCACCUCUGUGUGUGCUGCCUGGGACAGAUGUGCCUCUUCCACUCCUCCCAGUCUACACUGAGGCAGAGGGGCUGUUUGGAGCUGGAAAGUCAUUAUCAGUACUCUCACCUACGCUGACAUUUGUUUUCGGGGGUGUUUCUGUGCUUUCUGAGUGUUGUCUGUUCUUGCAGCAGGGCUGGCGGGCCUGCAGUGGGUCUGUCUGGAAGACUGGAUGAUGAAGUUUGUUCCUUCAGCUUCCUUUAAAUUACUUAUUGCAAAUGUAAAAAUAAAUAGGAAUAACUGCU